AUGACUCAACAUACACCUAAUAGUCUUCCUUUACCUCCUCCAGCUCCGAGUGAACUUGAAGUCAGUUCUCAUCACUAUGGCAAUCCUCCAACCCCACCAGGUCCUAACAAGUUACUUUUCAGUCGGUUCAAUACUUCUCCGUCAAGUCCUUAUCAAGCUUUACCUCAACCUUCUCCACCCACUCGUCAUCUCAGUAGUAGUCGUAGCAAUUCCACUAUAGAAGAAGAAUUGGAUGCCGAUGGAGAACUCAGUAUUGAUAAAAUGAAUCGAUUAUUUGAAAAGAAACGAAAACGACGGGAAUCACAUAAUGUAGUAGAACGACGACGAAGAGAUAAUAUCAACGCACGGAUCGAUGAAUUAAGUAGUCUAUUACCACAACCUCAACAACGACAAAAAUUGAAUCGAGGAGUGAUUUUACUCAAUUCCGUCAAUCAUAUUCGACAACUUCAUCAACAGGUAUCAGAACAACAACAUCGUAUACUUGAAUUGGAAGCCUUAUUACGUGCCAAUGGGAUCAAGGAAUCAAAUAAUACUUACACAUCGGAUACAAACCCAUCACAACCUCCAUCCUCUUGGUAA